CAGACUGCUACAACAAAGACGACGAAUCAACUCCUCCUCGGUUGUUGCUACUUCUUAAUAGGAAAAAAACACCUACAGGAUCAGGGGCCAAAGGACUUUGCUGGACUUUUUGUGUUUUGUCCACCUGUGUUGUGUCUUUCAGUUUGGGAGUUAACUAAAUCUUUUGAUGGGGGAGAAUCUCCCGAGGGUGCCAGGAGGAGCUCAACUCCACAGUGACACUUUGCAUGGACCGGUGCGGACCCUCAGGGUUAAGAUGGUGAUUCUGGGAAGUUCUGGUGUGGGGAAGUCAAGUUUGGCACUGCGAUUUGUCAGAGAUGAGUUCAAGAAUCCAUCACCUACUGUAGGCUGUGCCUACCUGACCCGGGUGGUGCAUCUGAGUGACGUCACUCUUCGUUUUGAGAUAUGGGACACGGCGGGGCAAGAAAAAUACCACAGUGUCACCCCACUGUACUACAGAGGAGCCCACGCUGCACUCGUGGUCUAUGAUAUCAGCAAAAGAGAAACGUUUGUCAGAGCUCAAGUGUGGCUCAAAGAACUGGAGAAACAGUACAUCCCAGGAUCUACUGUCAUGUGCCUGGUUGGCAACAAGGGAGAUCUGGAUCAGGAGAGGCAAAUCUCAGUGCAGGAGGGGCAAGCUCUGGCUAGUGACAGGAGUUUAUUCUUUACAGAGACAUCAGUCCUGUCAGGGGAUCAAAUCAGUGAGCUGCUGCUAGGUAUAGCCCACAGAGUGUAUGAGUGUAUUGGAGGACAGCAGGGAGGUCUGUCAGAGUGGAAGGAGACACCACUCAUUGAUCUGCAUCAUAGAGACACAUUCACUCCUUUUGCAUCCUGCUGCAAAGUUGGGCCCUGA